CCCGGCACGGAGCAUUGGGAGUUAACGCCUCCCUGGCCCUUCCCCUUUUGGGGCCGUCGUCACCAUGUCCCGCCUAUUCCGGGUUCCUGAGGCCCUCCCCACCGCCCGGCUUUUUUUCUGAUUGGACCUUUCUGCAGGCUCCUCCCACCAGUCUUCCUGCCCUUCUUCCGGGAACUUGGUCGCGCCCCCAUGCGUACACCCUACACACGGCGGCUGUUCAUCUUUGCCAGUCCCCUCCAUCCCGCUCUUCAUCCUUGCCAGUCCCCUCCAUCCCGUUUCUGGUUUCUUAGGGGCAAAGGAUCGCCGAUGCACUCAUGAUGCUUAGGCUGGGGUGCAAGGUUCCACCCCCAACCUUCAUGCCUCACUCUCUUUGCAUGCAGCCCUGCCCUCUGAGCUCAGGCCCCGCCCCUUUUAAAUUCUGUGCAGACCAUAGUGCUGCUCAACCUGUACCGGAAUCCACAGAACACAGCCCAAACUGCAGACGGAUCACACUGUCAUGUGAGCGACGUGGAGGUGCAGGAGCACUAUGAUAGCUUCUUCGAGGAGGUGUUCACAGAACUGCAGGAGAAGUAUGGGGAGAUUGAAGAGAUGAAUGUGUGUGACAACCUUGGGGACCACCUCGUGGGCAACGUCUAUGUCAAGUUCCGGAGGGAGGAGGAUGCAGAGCGGGCCGUGGCUGAACUCAAUAACCGCUGGUUCAACGGGCAGGCUGUGCACGCUGAGCUGUCUCCUGUCACUGACUUCCGGGAGUCAUGCUGUCGCCAGUAUGAGAUGGGGGAAUGUACCCGAGGUGGCUUCUGCAACUUCAUGCAUCUGCGACCCAUUUCCCAGAACCUCCGGAGGCAGCUCUAUGGGUGGGGACCCAGGCGCAGGCAGAGUUUUGCUCUUCUUCCCCAGGCUGGAGUGCAAAGGCACGGUCUUGGCUCGCUGCAACCUCUGCCUCCUAGGUUCAAGCAAUUCUCCUUUCUCAGCCUUCCAAGUAACUGGGAUUACAGGCACCUGCCACCACGCCUGGCUAAUUUUUGUAUCUUUAGUAGAGAUGGGUUUCACCAUGUUGGCCAGGCUGGUCUCGAACUCCGGACCUCAGGUCGCCCCCGAGGUUCCAUACUGGCCACCGUCCCCGAGAGAGGAACCAUCGGCGUUCCUCUGAUCACCAGCAUGGCUGCUUCUGAGGCCCUGGCCCCCUUACCCUUCACCCCCGACAGGGACAGAUGUUCCUGGCAGGACCUCUCCUCAAAGCCCCCUUCACUCUCCUGCCCCAUCCUUCCCAGGCUCCUGGGCUCCGUAAUGUAAUCUGUUCAGCAUAGAGACCUUCUUCUACUGCCCCUGUCUUAAUAAAGCUGCGUGUUUCGCUUCGGCAUCAA